CACAUUCCCACUCAUUCAUUUCCUUCCUCAACAAAAAUCUUCUUUUUCUUCUUCUUCUUCUUCCACAUUUUUCUCUCCUCCAUUGCUUCAUUCUCAACCAAAUUCUCUCCAACCUCAAUUCCUUUUUCUUCUUUUUUUCAUUUUCUCUUCCUUUCAAACUUGUUUUAUUUUCAUCGCCAAUUUUAUUUGUUUAUUUGCAAAGGAGAAAAUUCAAUGGAAUCUACAUGCUUUGGUUCUAAUGAGAAAGUCUCACUAAAGCGAAAAUCGAAAUCCACUACAGCAGAGAUAGCAAUCUCUAAUAGUGAAAAUGGUUGCUUUGAUUGCAAUAUUUGUUUGGAAUCAGCACAUGACCCUGUGGUUACUCUCUGUGGUCACCUCUAUUGCUGGCCAUGCUUAUACAAGUGGCUUAAUGUCCAAACCUCUUCGGUUGAGCCGCAUCAACGGCAGACAUGCCCGGUUUGUAAAACUGUGAUCUCCCAUACUUCAUUAGUUCCUCUUUACGGCCGCGGAAAAUCUAGUUCAGAAACAGAAGCCAAGAAACUCCAGGUCGGUUUAGGUAUACCUCAUAGACCACCUCCUUACAACUUGAAUGCCAUGUUAACUUCUAAUCGGGCAUCAAAUUCACAUCACGCGGAGCAACUCCAUCCAAACUAUUUCCAGUCAUCACAAUCACAGCCAUUUCAUUAUCAGCACUACUUUCCUCAACUUUAUGGAGGUUAUGGUGCCAAUGGAUUACCUUAUCUUGGUGGUGCUGCUAUGACUAGUUUCUUCAAUCCGGUGAUUGGUUUGUUUGGAGAGAUGGUGUUGACAAGGAUAUUUGGGGUCUCUGAUGCAAAUUCGUUUUCUUACCCUCAAAAUGGAAGUACUAGUCCUAGAAUGAGAAGACAGGAGAUGCAGAUUGACAAGUCUUUAAACAGAGUUUCUAUCUUUCUUCUUUGUUGUAUCAUUUUGUGUCUUCUCUUGUUUUGAAGAUGUUUUAUUCCAGACCUGUGUAGACACUAUAGGUUGUGUUCAUGUAGAUAGUAGGGUUUUUUUGGUAUAUUUUAUUAUGAGUAUGGUUGUUUUCUGAUAAUUAUUAUGACAUAUGCGUGUGUAACUAAAUGAAAGUUUAUGUUCCUGAUCUGAAGAAAGUGGGAUUUCAGCCA